AUGCCAUGGAGAGGACCAGGGCAGGCACCGGUGUGCAAAUACAUCGAAGCAGAGAAGAGAAAAGACAAAAGGGUUGUUGAUAAACAGUCCAUCAGCCAUAGUGCAAGGGCCACGUCCGACUAUAUGGAGUUGCAGUUUCCGCCGUCUCGGAAGGAGGGUGCCUAUGCAGCGGCGACACAUAUCCCGUCGAUGGAGGAAAACCCUCAGUUUCAUGUCAGAUAUGCGCAGGCCGACGGAUCACCAGUCACUCCGGUACUUGGUGCGCUUUUUAGUGACUUUGGAAUUUCAGGUGCUUCAGCAGUGGCUUGCAAAGACAGCCCAUGCGAUGCGGCGCCUUGCUACGAGCAUGGAGAAGUCCGGGUUUGCGUCUGCCCCCCACCUUUUCGGGGUCCCACGUGUGUGGACAAGGCUUCGCUUUGUACUACGGAUUGCGGUAUCAGUCAGACUACCGGAAUCACUUGCUCGAGCGCGCUGUGUUCUCUGGGAGAAUGCGUCGAUGCGGAGGCAAGUCCGUUCUUCAAAUGCGAAUGCGGGGAUUUUUUUGAAGGCACCAAUUGCGAGAUCCCUGCAAACCCGUGCACAAGCAGCGUUAACCCGUGUGGGCAAGCCACAUGCACCUUUUCUCCAGGGAGAGGCUCAGGCACAGUCACGUGCCAGUGCAAUGAUGGUUGGGAAGUGGCAUCAGGGGCUGGUGUGGUUACGACCAAGUGGGGAAACAGCGAGGUCAUCAUGAACCCGCCGUGUAGCGUCCGUGUCAGCCGAGGCCUCGCGAAGAUUUCCUUCUCCUUAUCAUCAGGAGAGCUUAUGCUUUGGUGGACUGUCUUUGCUGUGAUUCUUUGUAUUCUCCUCUAUUGCUGCUACAGUGUAGCUGCAGAAUCGUGCGCCGACUGCUUUAAGAAGCUCAAGUUUGCGGGGCGGGUGCAAAAGGCCGCGGGAGCGUGA